AAUCGUAUAUAAAUGAGGAAAAAUCCAUUCAGUUUACAAGAGGACCAGUAAAAAUCGAUUUCCAGGCACCAGUAUGUUCAAAGCAAGCACGAUCCUUCUCUGUGCUCUCUGCGCUGCAGGUCUCAAAAUUGGAUCCACACAGGCUGUGGUUGGAGAGUACAUUGAUGUGAACGGCAGAGAAAUGUUUGUGGGAAGCGAUUGGGUUGGAGCAACCUUGGCCGCUGAGGAAUGCACCGCUAUCGGCAAGAAACUUGUCAGCUUUGACGACCUAACCAAAUAUCUGGAUUUGCUCGCGGUUUUGCGCAAUAAGGAAGAUUACGCGUAUCACUUCUUCUGGACUUCUGGCAGCAGGAGAGCUGCGGAGACGAUGUGGUACUGGAAUGAUGCUGGGUUUGUCACGGGCACAUUUUGGGCUUUCCGGCAGCCGGAUGUUUCACAAGACCAAACAGCCUGUCUGAAGUUCACUGUCGAGCCUAACAGCGAUGCAUUGUGGUACGACGAGACAUGCGACGAAUACAUCAGAUUUGUUUGCGAGUAAUUACAUUUAUAAUGUCUCUCUAAAUUUAUAAAAUGUAGCCAUCGAAAUAAAAUAAAUUUUGAUGUUGAUGCAAUCUUUAUGAAUUACUUUUGCAAUCAAAUU